GCUGCCACAGAAAGCUAAACCGGGAACCAGGAAAUGCACAAGCCUGUUGGUGUAGAAAAACAGCUGGGCUCCCUCGGAGACAGAGCGCCAUGGGAAACGGGUUCUGCUGUGGAGGAAACUGGAGCUGCCCAUCAACUUUCCAGAAGAAAAAGAAAACAGGGAGCCAAGGAAAAUGGACAUUGAAGCCACAGCAGCAACAGCUGCAGCAGAAUGGUACAAAGGGCCAUGAAACCACACAACAUACGUAUGAGCGAGUGUUACAGCAGCACAAGUCAAAAGAGAGGAGUCAAGGCCUCCCGUUGGAGGAGAGCAGCUUACAUUACGCAGACAUUCAACUGUGCACCCGUAACCAGCCAUGGUCUGCCCAUGGAGUGAAACACCUGCAUUUAGAAAACGCUACAGAGUAUGCGACCCUUCGAUUCCCCCAGGCCACACCUCGCUAUGACAGCAAGAACGGGACCCUGGUGUGACCCUUGGGGAGGAGGGACCAGCCCAUCAUUUACCACGACUCCUGUGGGGAGAAUCUACUGCUUUGGGGAAUUGGGUGGCACCCAGGGAUAUUGGCCAUAUUUUAUAUAAGUUUAAAAAACUCCGGAGCCCCUGGAAUUGUGGGUGUCCCCAGUCUUUCCCUUAGGCUUCUUAUUUGCCACCGUUAGCUUGGAGCUGUAGCUGGGUUAGCUAUGGGAGGAUGGAAUUUCACAAAAUGAGGUUAGCUCAAGUGUGCAGGGAGGUAGGUCUUUAACCCCACCAUUGCUCCUGCUCUUUAGGAAAGUGCAGAAAGAACUGGUUACCCUAUAAGCACGUGGGCUGAUCUUGCCGGACUUUAUUUAAUGGUAUCCCUUCUACACACCUUAAUCCUCAAUGCUGAAGGGGAGGUGCUCUGGAAAAGCAUUGUGAGCUUUUGCACACAGCCCCCAGGGAUGGCUUGGGCAAUUUCCUCAGCGGCUGGCUGGGUCAAGCGUUCCAGACCUAAACAGACAAAUGCCUCAGGGACUGAGGCAUGGAGGAAACUGUUCUCCAACCAUUGGCUACAAGGACUUCCAGUCACUGGUCACUGAUACAGCACAGUGAGGCCUGAAAACUUCCCUCGGGGAAACUGUUGGUUCUCGAGGGUGCGGGCCCGCUAGGAUCAAUAAAUUGCUU